CUCUCUCUCUCUCUCUCUCUCUCUCUCUCUCUCUCUCUCUCUCUCUCUCUUUCAGUGUGAAAGCAGGAAAAUGGCAAAGGCCAGUAUUUCAGUAGAUCAGGAUCAGUUCAGCUGUCCAGUGUGUCUGGGUCUCCUGAAUGAUCCUGUGUCUAUUCCCUGUGGCCAUAGUUUCUGUAAGGUGUGUAUUAAUGGCUUCUGGGAUCUGGAGGAUGUGAAGGGUGUCUACAGCUGCCCCCAGUGUAAAGAGACUUUCACUCCAAGGCCUGUUCUACUCAGGAACAACAUGCUGACUGAAGUGGUGGACAAAGUGAAGACUGAGCUCCAAGCUGCUUCUUCUGCUCACUGUUAUGCUGGACCUGGAGAUGUGGAGUGUGAUUUCUGCACCAUGAGAAAACACAAAGCUGUCAUGUCCUGUCUGGUUUGUUUGGUCUCCUUUUGUGAUGAUCAUCUGAAACCUCACUAUCAGUCUCCUGCUUUUAGGAAGCACAAGUUAAUUGAAGCCUGUGCAGAGCUCCAAGAGAAGAUCUGCUCUGAACAUGACAAACUGAUGGAGAUUUACUGUCGUACUGACCAAAGCUUCAUCUGUUACUUGUGUACAAUAGACAAACACAAAGGUCACGAUACAGUUUCAGCUAAAGCAGAAAGAAUAGAAAAACAGAAUGAGUUAAAGGAGGAGCAGAUGAAAUUCCAGCAGAGGAUCCAGGAGACACAGAAGAAAGUGCAGGAGCUGAAACAGACUUUGGAGUCUGCUAUGACACAUUCCCAGGCAGCAGUAGAUGACAGUGAGAGGAUUUUUUCUGAGCUGAUCAGAUUCACAAAGAAAAGGCGCUCUGAGAUGAGGGCGCUGUUCAGAGCUCAGGAGGAAGCUGAAGUGAUCCGAGCCGAACGACUCCUGAAUAAAAUGAAGCAGGAUAUUGCUGAACUUAAGAGGAGAUUCACUGAAAUGGAGCAGCUUUCUCACACACAUGAUGACAUCCACUUCCUCCAGAGUUUCCCGUCUCUCUGUGUUUCUCCUGGAUGUGAUGACUCACCCAGCUUCACUGUCAAUCAACAUCUCUCAUUUGAUGGAGUGUGGAAAUCUCUCUCAGAAUUAAAAAAACAAGUUGAGCAAAUCUGUGAGGAGGAAUUAAACAAAAUUCGACCACAAGGUAAGCAAACAAAUUUUCUGCAUCACAAAUUUCAGUUGAUUUCACCAUCAGAACCAAAAAGCAGAGAAGAUUUUCUGAAGUAUUUCUGUUAUCUGACUCUGGAUCCAAACACAGCACAUCGUCAACUCAUCCUGUCUGAGAAGAACAGAGCGGUGACACGCAGAAGGAAAGAACGGCCAUACCCUGAACAUCCAGAGAGAUUUGACUCCUGGCCUCAGGUGUUGUGUAAGGAGAGUUUGUGUGAACACAGUUACUGGGAGGUGGAGUGGAGUGGUAUGGGUGUGGACAUAUCAGUCUCGUUUAAUAAUAUCAAGAGGAAAGGACGGCUGAAUAGCGGUUUGUAUGGACGCAACAGUCAGUCUUGGAGUCUGCAGUGUUUUUCUUUCUCUCAAUGUUUCUGGCACAAUGGAAACAAGAUUGAGCUCCAAGGUCCAUCAUCCUCCAGAAUAGGAGUGUACGUGGAUCACAGUGCAGGAACUCUGUCCUUCUACAGCAUCUCUGACACCAUGAAGCUCCUCCACAGUGUCCAAAUCCCAUCCAAUAAGCCUCUAUAUGCUGGAUUCCGUGUAUGCUAUUUGUACUCAACUUUGAAGUUAUGUGAUCAAGUGUAAUUGUUACUAAAAUUUCUUAGUCAAAUUAAAACUGACAUGUCAGAUUUUCUCUAGAUUAA